ACUUGUCACUGCCACUGAAAAUGAAGGUCUAAAUGCAGUAGGAGCUUUAUAAAUACAAUGGCUGAAGCAAAGAUUUCAGUGUCUUCUGAUCAGUUCAUCUGCUCCGUGUGUCAAGACCGCCUGAAGGACCCGGUGACCACUACCUGUGGACAUAACUACUGUAAACAGUGCAUUGAAGACUACUGGGAUACUACUGAAAAUUGCAAGUGCCCCCAGUGCAGGACGACCUUUGUCUUAAGGCCUGUUCUUCAGAGAAACACUGUGCUGGCUGAAGUGGUAGAGGAACUCAACAAGACAAACCCUGUCGAUGUGCUCUGUGAUGUGUGCAUCGGCACAAAGGAGAGAGCUGUGCAGACCUGUCUGACCUGCCUGGCCUCCUACUGCAAGACUCACAUUGAACAUCACAGGGUGUCUGAAGUCCUAAAAAAACACAAGCUGGAAGUUCCUCUUCCUAAUCUUAAUGAGAAACUCUGCUUGAAGCACCGGAAGGCCUUGGAAGUCUACUGCAGGACUGACCAGACAUGUAUCUGCUGUUUGUGUGCGGUGACUGAACACAGGAAUCAUGACAUGGUGACGCCAGAUACAGAGAGACAAGAGAGACAGGCCCAAGUGCUGACAUUACAAAGAGAUGUUAAGGAGAAAAUGCAGAAUAAAAGGAAGACAUUGGAGGAGGUGACAGUGAUGGAGGCGCAAGUGAAGAGCACCGCAGAGAAAGAAGUACAGGAAUAUCAGGACACAUGCAAUUUGUUGCUUCAGUCCAUUGAUGGACUGAGAUCAAAAGUGAUUUCCAUGAUUAAAGAACAUGAGAAAAUAGAAUUGAGAAAGGUUACAAAGAUCAGAGACCAACUGGAGAAGGAGAUCAAGAAGCUGGAAAGGAAAGAUACUGAAUUAGAAGUGAUCUCACAGACAAGUGAUGACAUCUACUUCCUGCAGAAUGUCCAGUCUUUGUGUGCACAUUCUGUAAAUGAAAGCACACCCAUCAUUGCAGUAAAGGAGCAUUUCUUAUCAGAGACACUGAGACAAAAUCUGCUUAAGGUGAACGAAAGUCUGAAGAAGAUCAACUGCUCAGAGUUUGUGGAAACCAGUGAGACCGGUAAAGAAUCAGAUCAUACAAAGGAAAUAACACGACAAGAUUCAGAACUUCCACCUCAGUCUUCCUCUCCUAGUGAUAGUGACGUGACUUCAGGUGGUCUAUGCAUUAGUAGUGGACAGCCUCCAAAAGAUCCAAAAAUUUCCCUAAGGACAGACGUUAAGGAACCUGACAAGAUGUCCAGUUCAUCCAUUGGGGAGAAUAUUGAAAAGUUGAUUCAAGACACUGAAAGAUUCAAAGACAGCCUGAAGGACCAGAUUGAGACCAAAGAGAAUCAUCUGGUUGAGGUAAAGGAGUUACAGACAAAGAGAAAGGAGGAACUGCAAGGUGAGUGGAGCAAAUUCAAGUGUAAUGUUGUCUUGAAGAAACUCUCAUAAAUGAACAAAGAGACAAUGCCAAGUCUGCGUUUAUACCGCCUCGCUUCUUGCUUUCAUAAUCUCAUUUGCUUUUUCCUUUUCUGGUUGUCAGGUAUUUUCUUUCAAACACACUUUUCUCCCUCCUAAAUACGGAGCCUUUCUAAAAUCACUGAAAGUCUCGGUAUGGCUUUAACACAGAAUUGUGCAAAGGUUCAGUCAUUCUCAGAGUAGAGAAACUGAGUGGAGCACAAGACAAGGAAUCUGAACAUGGGGGAGCUGAUUGUUUUAAAUUGGAAAUGAAAGGAUCCGUCUCAAAGUCCGGUGGGUUAAGUCGAAUGAUGUUUGUAAA